AUGAUCAGAGCAGAGAGCAGGCGGACGGCCAGAGAGACGGUCUACCUGGACAUGGAUCACCUGUUGCUGCUGCUGCUGCUGCUGCUGCUGCUGUGGAGCUCAGACCUGCUGGUUCAGCCCAACAUCACUGUGUCCUCCUCCAUGGAUGGGGUCUCCAAGGCCCAGCAGCAGGGGUUUCAGGUGUCCAGGGGCUCCACCUUCACCAUCAGCUGCUCCAUCCAGCCACAGUACCCAGGAGGCUCCUUCCAGCUCGCCUUCACCUCCUCCAACACAUCACACAACUACACCCAGCCAGCUGUCAAUCACUCUGCCCACUUCCUGUUUCCUGCUGCAGAGCCCGCCCACCAAGGAAGCUACAGCUGUGUUUAUCACCUCCAUGUUUUUUCUCAUAACUUCUCCUCUGAGAGCCGUCGGCUGUCUCUCACUGUCUCAGAUCCAACAGGUCUUCUCAUCAAAGUGGUCGUCCUGCCGCUGACUCUGCUGUUGGUGAUCGCUGCCCUUUGUUUCUACUAUAAGGCCAGCAGGGGGCAGAAGCCGGGCAGGCAGGAGGACAUUGAGCUGGAUUAUUAUAACGUGGGUGUUUCUGCAGCUGAAGGAGGGUCGACUGAAGAGGAAGGAGCUCAGGGAGCAGAGUAGGACCUCCAAGGAGCUCAUCUCAGCUGCCUCACAACCCCCCAUCAGCUCAGUCAAGGAUUUUACACUUUUAUACUGAUGUUCCCUUUAAACAAUACGGUUGGAAUUAUUAGAUUACAUUAUAAACUCUAUUUUUAUUACUCUCAACAUGAACAGAGCAAAACCAACAACUUGCCAGUCUUUUCAGACUUCCUGUCUUUGGCUCUCAGCUCCAAGGCCAUUGGUUCCUACUGAAGACGUUAAUUUUUAAAAAGUCCUCACAAAUACUGUUAAAAGAAAUUUACUCAUACCCAUGCCAAAUUUUGAUACGUAGAAAAUUUUCAAUUUACCAAUAGGUUUCAUUAGUCUGGCAAUGACAUAAACAAAUGACAAAGACAGCAAGAUAUUGUGUCAGAGAUGUUAAUGAUAAAUCUUAACUUUUUCUAUGUUGUCAUUUUUUUUUAAUUUGUACUGAAAAUGUCAUGUCUUCCCACCCUCUGUUGCACCAUAGUUGGCAUUAUCAGUGCCCCAACAGUCUGGACCCAGAUGACCCAAACAAUUACCGCCCAAUCUUUAAUCUACCUUUCCUCAAUAAAAUUAUGGAAAGAGCUGUGGCUGCCCAACACCAUAUGUUCCACAAUAAACUAUUUGAACCACUUCAAUUUGGUUUGCAUCACAGCACCGAAACUGCUGUCAUCAACAUCACAAAUGACCUUCUCAUUGCAAUGGACAGCGGUCUCAUCAGUAUCCUCAUCCUCCUUGACAUCUCUGCAGCCUUCGACAUUAUCUUACACACCCUCCUUCUUUACAGCCUCUCUGAACUUAUUGGCCUUACUGGCAUAGCGCUCUCCUGGGGGCCAUAUUACAGAAACUUCCUAACCGGUAGAUCCUAUCCUUACUGCUUGGAAACCAUGGUAAUAAGGGUUAGGAACUUAUUUAGGAAAAAGGCCAUUACAGAUGAUCAUUUACUAAGUCAAUGGAUUUCUCGACGGAGGUCACAAACACCUCCAAUGCAUCUGACUUGAAGUUCAAUGAUAGAUUUUGUUUCCGCUCCAUUUUCAGUGUACGUUUCAGAAAAAAAAACUAACAAAAAAACAGCAAAAAAAGCCGUUUAGCUCGGCGAAAUUAUUAAAUAAGCAUUGGUUGCUAGGUAACAGGCAUAAAAGUUGAUAACCGAUGUUGGAUCGAGUAUUUAGGAUUUCCUAACCUGGAUAAGAUGAAGUAA